UACACAAAUAGAGGCAUUAGAGGCAUUUUGAUCAGGCUCAUUAUUAAGUUUUGAUUUGAAGGUCGCAGUCAUGUUGGAUGAAGUGCUGUCGUAUUUUCUCUAUAUGUAUGGUUUGUUGUAUCAGGCCAUCGUUCCCUGCACAAAUCCUGAGCUGUUGCCUGCCAACACUAUCAACCGUCAGCAGUAUCUGGGGACAUGGUACUUUGUAGCAGCAGUCAGUCGAAGAGAGGCUGACAUAGAGAAGUUCAGAGCACUGGACAACAUAUGGUUCAGCAUUGAGGAGACAGUCAAUGACACUCUGCUGCUAAAGGGACAUAUGCGCAUGGGAGAUAACUGUGUAAAACAGACCUGGACCUAUCGUAUACACCCCGAAAAAGAUGAACUGGAACUUGAGGGACGGCCACAGCGAAGGAACCUGCUAUGGACCGGGAAGUGGGCCAACUGCACCAACUGCAUCAUUUUCCAGGAAGUGGAACCACCUCUACGCGAAACAGAUUCAGAGGACUCCCUCAACAGAUUGAUGCUGUAUUCUCGGCAGACUGAAGUGGACUCUACAGUUGCGCCAACAUUUCUGAAAAACUCUGCUUGUCAUAAUAUGGCGGCUAGUGUCAGACUACCUCAAGCAAAAGAGUUUUGCACCUAAAUACUAACACAGAGGAUGUUGCUGUGGCCUGGGACACCUGGGAUAAUACUGUGUUUAUUUCUUGUUUUCCUUGUGUACCAGUGAAAUAAAUAAAGCAAAUUACCAGCAA